AUGAAACUUGGUGUGACCUGCCAAUGGCUACUCUGCGGCUGGUGGUGGUGCUGUGAAGCUAGUGCCGCCACCCGUCCCAACAUUGUCAUCAUCGUAGCUGACGAUCUGGGUUGGAAUGAUGUGAGCUUUCACGGCUCGAACCAGAUUCCCACACCCAACCUGGACGCCCUGGCGUACGAUGGCGUCAUCCUGAACCGUCACUAUGUGCCCCCGCUCUGUACCCCGGCGAGGGCCGCCCUGAUGACCGGUCGCAAUCCGAUCAACCUCGGCAUGCAGGAUGACGUCAUUAUCUCCGACCAGCCGUGGGGUCUUGGGUUGAACGAGCGGCUCCUUCCGCAGUACUUCCACGAGGCUGGCUACCGGACGCAUCUGGUCGGCAAGUGGCACCUCGGUUUCUUCCGGCAGGCCUAUACACCGACCCGCCGGGGCUUCGAGUCGCACUUCGGAUACCUGGGACCUUACAUCGACUACUGGGACCACAGUCUGCAGAUGAGUGGGGUAAGCACGGGAACCUCCGGAAUUUAGCACCCUGCUCUAAUCCUCACACUUCCCCACAGUCAUCUGCCCGCGUACGCGGCCAACGGUACCUACGCGACGGAUCUGUUCACCGACGAAGCGGUUCGUAUUAUCCACAAACACAACACGGCGGAACCGAUGCUCCUGGUGCUGACCCACCUUGCGCCACACACCGGCAACGUGGAUGAUCCGAUGCAGGCACCCGUGGAGGAGAUUGCUCGAUUUGGACACAUCCAGGAUUCGAACCGGCGAACCCUGGCAGCGAUGAUAUCGCGGAUCGAUGCCGGUGUCGGCCGGCUCUACGGUGCGCUUCGGGAACGCCGCAUGGCGGAGAACAGCAUCAUCCUGUUCCUGGCGGACAACGGUGCCCCGACGAUCGGCAUACACGCCAACUCCGGAUCCAACUACCCGCUGCGAGGGCAAAAAGCAUCUCCCUGGGAAGGCGCAGUCCGUGGAGUGGCCUUCAUCUGGAGUCCACUGUUGGCCACGCGAGGCUACGUUUCCGAGCAGUGGAUUCACAUCAGCGACUGGUUGCCAACGUUGGGUCACGCGGCCGGCAUCAGCUCAAUCCCCUCGACAGAUAGUCCCAUCGACGGACAGGAUCAGUGGCGCGCUCUGCAGUCCGGUAGCGGUUCGGGACCGCGUUCCGUUGUGAUGAACAACGUAGAGGAUCGGUGUAACUACAGUAGCUACACGAAGCGUGGCUGGAAGUACGUCAGUGGAUCCUGUGCCGACGGCCAGUACGAUGGUUGGUUGGGCGAGUUGCCCGAUCACGAUCAACUGCCCGAGCAGCAGUACUUCGAACUACUAAUGGCCCCGGACAAUCUUGGUCGAGUGUUGCGACUGCCUCCCCAGGAUAAAGUGAGGAGUCUUCGAGCAGCAUCCACAGUGCAGUGCCAUGCGCCGGAACCGGACAGGCCAUGCGAACCACUCGUCGCUCCGUGUCUAUUCAAUCUGCUCGAGGAUCCGUGCGAACGGAGAAACCUCGCCCAGCUGCAUCCGGCCAUCGUGGACGAGCUCCUAACGAUGGCCGAACCCCGGAAGCAACGCGAGGCGGCAUCGCCGCCCCACAUCGUGCUUAUCGUUGCGGACGACAUGGGCUGGAACGAUGUCGGGUUCCACGGGUCGAACCAGAUCGCUACGCCCAACAUCGAUGCCCUGGCGUACGAUGGCAUCAUCCUUAAUCGGCACUACUCGGCCCCGAUGUGUACCCCGUCGCGGGCCUCCCUCAUGACCGGUCGGCAUCCGAUCAACCUCGGCAUGCAGCAUUACGUGAUCGACAUCGACGAACCGUGGGGUCUCGGGCUGGACGAGAAGCUGAUGCCGCAAUACUUCCGGGAAGCCGGCUACCAGACGCAUCUGGUCGGCAAGUGGCACCUGGGCUUCUUUUCCGAGCACUACUGGCCGACGAACCGGGGAUUCGAUAGCCACAUCGGGUACCUGGGGCCUUACAUCGACUACUGGAGUUACGUGUCGAAAAUGAACAGUGGCGCGGCCUUUGAAGGGUACGAUCUGCGGCAGAAUCUCGCCAUCAACCGUGCGGCGAAUGGGACGUACGCAACGGACUAUUUCACCGGAGCCGCCACCGACAUCAUCACAUCGCACGGGCGUACGGGCGAUCCGAUGCUGCUGGUGCUUACCCACCUGGCCCCGCACGCCGGUAACGAUGAUGAUCGAUUGCAAGCGGCACAGGAAACGAUCGAUCGGUUCGGUUACAUCGGCGACCUGGAACGCCGCAAGUACGCAGCCAUGAUGUCCAAGCUUGACGACAGUGUGGGCGAAGUUUACCAGAGCCUGGAGGCCAACGGUAUGCUCAACAACUCGAUUAUCGUCUUUCUGAGCGACAACGGCGGUGUUACGCAGGGAAUGCACAGCAACACUGGCUCCAACUAUCCGUUCCGUGGGCAAAAGAAUUCCCCUUGGGAGGGAGCCGUACGGACGGCCGCUCUCAUCUGGAGCCCGCUGAUUCGACAGGCGCAGCGAG